AUGAUGGAACUCGGGAAAACGCCACUGGGCGAGAUGAGGUCCAGCGGCCAUUCUAGUAUAUCAAUAUCUCGUCCUCUCCUCCCCCCACCCCUUGCGAUCUUCGACUUCGAAGACGAAACGACACCGUUGGUUCCAAAUUUUCGUUGGACCAACCGUAGGCCAGACUCUGCCGCGAACGAUGGGUUUGAUGCUCUGCGAAGGCCCAUCGCAACUGCUCGUCGCCAAGCGCAGCCAAUCAGACGAGACGUCUACGCGCGACACAAGCAACGAACGGCCAACGGCCAACAUCAGCCCGCAGGAGACGAGACAGCAAAGAGGAGUGCGGGCAGGCAUCUGAACCAUUGUGUCGGUGCCGUCUGGGUCAUGUGA